AUGGCAGGUCUGUGGAGCAGCGUGGGCGUGCUGCUAUGGAUGAACUGGCGCGUGAAGCAGAGCGAGAGCCGAUUUAACCGCGAGCGGCUCGGCAAACGCUGGCUGUACCCGGUGCUCAUUACGGACAUCAUCAUCCUACUGGGGCUUAUUCUGCUGCUUAUCCAGAAAAUGUGCGACUACAACGUGCAGUAA